AUGGCGUCCAAUAUUGAGCAGUCACUGUUCUUCCAGCAGCGGAGAUCCAAGGACGAAUUGAUUGUGAAGGACCCUCCCAAGUUCGAUCUCGAAUCAUACAUCGCCAACUAUGCUGGCCACACACGAAUCGACCGACUCCAUCACAUUGGCUCCCACUCGCCGUACCUCGCUCUCGAUGCAUACCGCCUGGCGAUCACGGAGGCGAAGAAAGGCAAGAACGUCAACCUCUACUUGCAACUGGUGGAGGAGCUGAGUGGGGUUGCGCCUCAAGACCCUGCAGCGAUGACGGACACAACAUGGGCAGAGAAGAAGGCACAGGAGACGCAGCGCGAGCAGGACAGGCUGGAACACGAGCUGAAAUCGUACAAGAACAACUUGAUCAAGGAGUCCAUUAGGAUGGGCAACGAAGAUCUUGGCCACUUCUUCUACGAUAUCGGCGACUACAGCAACUCGCACAAGUCCUACAUGAAGAUGCGCGAAAGCUGCACCUCGAACAAGCACCUUGCCGAUAUGACCCUCCGUCUCGUAUACGUCAGCGUCGCGCAGAAGUCAUGGUUGACCGUACAGUCCAACUUGGCCAAGGUGGACGCAGCACAACUGAAGGGCGAGGAUAAGACCAAGCUCGAACCCAUCGUGUCAGCUUGCACAGGUCUCGCUCACAUGUGCAUUGGCAACUUUAAGGAAGCUGCAACAAACUUUCUGGGCACAUCACCUGCCUUCUUGACGACCGAACCUGCUGCUGGCAUCACAUGGCAGAAGGAGGUGCUCUCUGGCAACGACGUGGCAGUCUACGGCGGUCUUUGUGCGCUCGCAUCGAUGGACCGUAGCGAAUUGCAGGCGAAAGUGCUCGGCAACAGCGAAUUCAGGAAUUUCCUCGAGCUUGAACCCCACAUCCGCCAGGCCAUCAGCCUCUUCUGCAACUCCAAGUACAGCGCAUGUCUUGACGUGCUCGAAGGCUACCGCAGCGACUAUCUCCUUGAUGUGUACCUGUCAAAGGUGCUGGGUACCAUCUACGGUCGCAUCCGAACUAAGAGCAUUGUCCAGUACUUCAUCCCCUUCAGCUGCGUCACACUCGACGAGAUGUCGUCCAAGUUCCCCGCUGCAGCAGGCAUUACGAUCAAGGAAGAGCUGGAGCAGAUGAUCAACGAUAAGACUCUUGAAGCACGGCUAGACCUCGUCGACCGACUCCUCAUCUCGCCACCAACAAACCCGCGUCACGAUGUCCACGCCGAUGCCCUCAAGAUGGCCGAGACAUACGACCACACGCUCAGACUGCGCCUGACGCGCCUGAACAUGCAGGCAGCUGGUAUGGAGAUCAAGGCAGAGAAGGGUUCGAGCGAGAAGAUGAACGCUGGCAUGAGCGAGCGUAUCGGCGAAGGUCUGAAGGGACUGGGCUCAAAGAUGAGUUUCUCAUAG